AUGCAGAACAUUAUUGCAAAUGGAUCUUUUCCGAAACCUUUAUGUGCUCUUCCUCCAUCAUAUGAAGGUGGGGGAUUUGGCGGUGGCAGCGCCUAUGGCGGCGGGGGACAUCAUGCUGGGUAUGGUGCUGCUCCAAAAUACAGCAGUUUUGGUUACGCGGCAGCCAAGGUGCGCGCUGGAGGAUGUCCUUAUGGUUGGAGUCCGUAUCAUGGAAGCUGUUAUUACUUCAGUCGAGACAAGCUGUCAUGGUGGCAAGCUGAGAUGAAAUGUGCCAGUCAGGGAGGUUAUCUUGUUAUCGUGGAUGCAGCUCAUGAAAAUUCUUUCAUCCGACGCUAUUUGGCUGAAUACAGAGUAACUGGUGGAGCUUGGUUCGGUCUGAACGAUUGUCUGUUCCCAAACAAACACCGAUGGAUCUGGGGAUUUAGCAAGAAGAGGUGUCAUAAGUUUGACUGGUACGGUCAGGAACCAGUUUAUCACGCCAAAGGAGACUGGAAUUGUGGUGCAUUCUGGGAAAGUUAUCAGUAUCACUGGCAUGUUGAUAGCUGUGCCCAGAGGAAUUACUAUGUCUGCGAAAUGAAACUGGGCAAACCUUGCAGAUGUCAAUAUUAGUCCAUGUACAUAUAUUUGUUAUAAAUGUGU